AUGGGACCACCAUACUUCGCGUCGACCAACGGCCAGGAUGCCGCGCCGCCAAAGACGUACUAUGAGCAACAGCGCGAAAUGCUCGUCACUGAGAUUGCCCAAAGUCUGGAAGUUGUCCUGCAAAACAUCAACAAAUUGAACCGUUCGCUCGAGGAGGUCACGUCGGUCGGGAACGAAUUCGCGCCCGUCGAGUCGCUCUGGAGCCACUUUGAGAACGUCAUGGCCAAAGAUCCGAGUGAGCAACAGGAGGGUGCGCAAGAAGGUGCAACGGAACACGAGGGCGAGACAGAGGUGCCUCAGGACCGGAAAUGA